AAUAACCUGCCUGCCUCAACGGAUGCUCUAUCAUCCACGCAGCUUUACUCGAAUAAGCAAUGGAGACUCCAGUACCAAAAUCACAAAUCGAGAUACUCAAUCAACUCAUCGAUGACGAGCAAGGUACAUACCGCAUCCGAGCAGGACACAGAGUCCAUUAUGUAACCAUUCCCACCUCUACAUUCGACGAAGACACAAUGUGCCGCCCGUAUCUUUUGAUCCCUCAGCUCCCUGCCUUUCCUGACGCAGACUGGACCACAAUGUGCAUCUCCCGGGGAGCAGACGGCCUUAUCGAGUCGACACUCUCUUAUGAGCCGCUGCCUGCAAUCCCCAAGCCUUGGCACCAUCGCCGCAUCGAUGUCCUUUCGCUGAAGCAUAUCAAGCGCCAUCGAUCAAAUGUUCACGAAGUCUUAUAUGGAGGUCGACCAGCGAUUUCCAAAAUUGCUUUGUUCGAAUGGGAUUUUCAUAGGAUUGGGAAUGAAACUAGGGUGUAUUCAACUCUCAUGAAGCAUCAAGAUCAGCAUCCAGCUGAACCCCCGUGUGCCCCGAAAUUUCUGGGUCAUUUGACAGAGAAUGACAGAGUUAUCGGGUUUUUGUUAGAGAAAGUAGAGGGAGAGUUCGCUUCUAUCGACGAUAUGCCGAAUUGUAAGAAGGUGCUUCACAGGCUCCAUGGAAUGGGCUUGAUUCAUGGAGAUGUCAAUCGAUACAAUUUCAUUGUCGAUCGAUCCAACAACAAUGUGCGGAUGAUCGAUUUUGAGCACGCAGAAGAUCUCGACAAGACGAAGGCCCAUCGGGAGCUUGAGUCACUGGCUUCUGAGUUAGCUGAAGAGACUGGAAGAGGUGGUCCAACGGUAACGAUUCAAUAGCUUCAUAAGUGAUGGAAAUUUGCUGUUAGUAAGCUUAGUGAGAGGGCUGGAUUGGUUGGAUGGCAAAGAAAGCGUCUAUGAUGCGUUUUCUCUGAAAACUAUACAAGUCGACCAAUUCUUGGUCCCAUUGAUGAAUUCUUAGAGGAUUAGUGAUCGGGACCAGUGUCUUAGCACUUCUUCGAACUUUCGGAUCUUGGAUGAUGGGAAACAGCACUUUUUGGGCGGGUCGCGGUUAUUUAGGGUCGUCUGUUCGUUACAC